AUGGAGGUGGUCAAGCUGGGGACGCUACUGUCUCAGCGCAACGAGAUGCUCAGUGGGUUAAGAGAGAGCCACGAGUAUCUGCUCACGACGAACGGCCAGUUACGGGAGCGAAGCCGUCUGCAGCGAGCGAGACUGGUGUCGCUACGGACGCUGCUAGGGGCUGAUCAAGAGCAAAACGGGAAGGACAAGCCAGGGCUUUGCGAUAAUGUCGGAGUCAACGAACUGGAGGCUACUGCUGAGAAAUGUGGUGUCCUGAAGGAUAUUUUGUACGGGCUGGUCGACAAGCGAGCUGGACUGGAGCAACAAUACAUGGGGCUUGAAGAACAGACGGCACGAGAAGUGGUGGCUCUGAGAUCUAAAGAGGAGCGGCUUAGUGAAGUUCGAAACUCGCUUCUUCUGCUGCAAGAAGACAUUCGCUCAACCCAGUGGAACUUCGCGAAUAGCCAAGCUGAGUUUGUUGCUUCAGACAAAUACCUCAACGCUGUCAGUCAGAAUGCUCAAAGCCAAGCCGCAGCAGUGGAAAAGGUUACCACCGCUUUGCGAGCCGAGAAGGCUGCAGUUGAAGACCUCCGGACAACUUGGCAGAACUACGAAGAUAUGAUUCACGAAGAGCAUCGACAGCUCGUAAUUGAAAACGAAAUUGCUAGAAGUGAACAGCGAGAAUUUCAGAAGCUGCUUGAAAGCAAGGGGCCAACGUGCCCAGCCGAUGAGGAAGUUGUGGAGGAAGCAAAAAAUCUUCAAUUGCGACUGCAACAUCUAAAUGAGGAGAUAACAAGUGUCAAAUUCUUCAAGCGGGAGCUGGCUUUACGAAGAAAACAAGAGAAGGACAUCCUAGCAAUCGCGCAGUCAAGCAUUAAGGCAAAAGAUAAGCAGUUAACUUGGUUGGAGCGCCAGCGCGUGCAUCUUGAAAACGAGCAAAAUGAAGCCGUAAAGACCCACGCUGCAGAUGAGACUGCUCAUCACACGUUUGUUGAGGAGCACAAUUCGGCAAUAACUUCUCUGGAGGUACAGACCAAGGAUAUUGGGAAGAAAAUAAAAGGCACAGAACGUGCUAUCACCGCUCGAAACAAAAAGGUGGCCACUGUCAACAAGAAGGUUGCACAGAAGACUAAAGUGCUUCAAGAAUGGAAAGCAAGGAUCGAUGCAAAGCAGGACCAGGUGACAAAGUCUGCAGCCACUCAAGAGUUUAUCGAUGGUGAAGCUCUGGCCGUGCAAGAAGCGCUGAACCAAGAGCUUCGUCGUGAUGAGCAGAUUCAAGGACUCCUCACAGUCCAAGAAAUGGAGUCUGAGGAGCUACGUUCAUCUUGCGAAGUGCUGGAGACCGAAAUUCAACGUGCGAACACGACCCUGACAACGAUGAGGACCAGCAUCACGGCGACCCAGACCGCCGUGAAAAACCGCAUCGACGAAGUUCGCGACAAGUUUUUGAGUACAUUCGUCGUUGGUGACGCUGAAAACCUGAUCGAGUUGCUGGACAAAGAGAUCGAGAGCUGGACAGUAAAGGAUACGGUCGAAGUCGAUGAAAUUAUUGCUCGAGAGACGUUAAAGCUGAAAGAGAGAUACAAUACUUUAACGGCUGAGACUCGCAAGACGUAUGGAAGGACUUUGAGGAAGAAGGAGAAACAGUACAACGCAAAGCUAACAAAGCUGAAGGAGAAAAUGGCGGAGAAGAAAUCGAAGGUCACAACAAACUCCGCGAACAAGCCACCGGAGGGGGAGGAAAGCGAAAUAAAGCUACCUGUACAGCAGGUUCCUGUAGCUGCGACGGGCCACAAGCAUGAAUUGGAUGAGACCAUGGAAAACCGCGCAGCUGGAGAAAACGAGAAACAAAACCGAGAGCUCGACCCAUCAAGCGUGGAACGUUUGAGCAACAAAGACAAGUUCAACAAGGUAUGUCUGGUAACGAACGAUGCCGGGCUGUAUUACUGGAAGCUCACCCAGUCUACGCUUCAGCAGAUUCCACCUUCCCAGAAGCGCUCGUCAAAACCGCAUAAAAAACAACUAAAGGCGACUAAACAAACCCCAAAGUCUGCUCGACGUGGGCUUAAUCUCGUGGAUGAGUCGCCCCAGACGGAUAAAGAGGCGACAGAUCUUUUCACUGUCGACCCGGCAAUCGCAGCGAAAGUGACAAAGCCUACCCAUUCCAACCUUCCACAACACCGGAAAAUCGACAAUGCGAAUGGAGUCCGUCCACGUCGAUUGAAGAGACGCACGCCAGCGCAGAAGACAGGAAAGCCAGAACCGACAUUCAAGACUGCAUCUGUCGCCCAGCGAAAUCCUGUUGCCGACCCUCUCGAUUCCCCAGCCGGCUGUGACGAAGAUCUUGAAAUGACCCGGCCCGUCCAAGAUGCGGACACCACAGAGAUGACGUCUUCCACUACAAGCCAAGACGCUGCUAAAAAACUACAGCUGAAAAAGGCGGAUCAGCGCUGCAAGGGCAGCAUCAAGCGCCGCACCUUCACGAAGGCGACGGCGUUGCAUCGAUCCCGUCACACCAAGGCUAGCCGGAUCUCAUUUGGCCGCACCGCGGACUGGUCCACUGCCGACUCAUUCUCCUUCGACUGA